AUGUACCGUCGGGAGUCAAGAAAAAUCAUGGACAUUUUUCAGCGACGGCUUUUGCAUGACCGUGUAGCAGGUGAUCAUGUGAAUUUCAAACUAGAGCCGAUUGUUGCAGACGGUUGGGCUCCUGCAAUUUUAGAAAUGAUGAAUGAUUCAAAAGACCACGACAUUUUGUUUGAAAAGGCAUCUAUAGAUGAAUCGUAUUUCGAUUUAUCUGUUUAUGUUCGAAAGCAAUUGCUUCUUCGUUUUCCCAUGCUUAAUAUUCGGGAUGAUUUGAACAAAGCUGACGCUGAAACACGUGCAUUAAUCUUGGAUAAGGAACUCCCGGCUGUUCCCGCUUACGUGCAAGACGAUAUGCGCAUUCGUGCGUGGAAAACAGUGGGAGCUUGGUGGCCAACUAAUGAGCAUCACGACGACAGUGACGCUUUAUCACUAACGUGGAUUGACAUGGCUCUCGCUAUCGCAGCUGAGAGAAUGAUCUCGAUACGACAUCAUAUAAUCCAGGAACUUGGGUAUACAACGUAA